AUGUCGGACCACCAUCACCAUCACGGUGACGGCGGCCACUGCCACGGCGAGCACGACCACUCAAACGACAUCACCCCGGCGCUCCAGUCCCUACUCUAUUCGCAGAUCGACUUUGACUCGAUCAUUACUCUCAAUGGUAUGCACCAUCUUGAGACAAAUUGUCCAGUCCCGGCUUUAAUACUAAUUAUUCAAAUAGAAGCGACCGAAAAGGGCGGCGCUGCUAUUGUCCGGAAAACCUGGGCCGAGAGACUGAAUGACGAGCCCGAGCUGGAGAGUGAUGCCGAUGAGCAGCUGUUGAUGUACAUUCCCUUCACAGGCCAAGUCAAACUUCAUUCCCUUCUCCUAUACACUGCACCUACCGCUGCAGCUCCCAAGACCGUGAAACUGUUCAAGAAUCGCGAUGACCUCGACUUCUCAACCGCCUCAGAGCUCUCCCCUACUCAGACCAUCGAGGUCCCCCAGCCCGUAGCCGGAGCCGACGUUUUCGAGCUUCCACUGAACCGCGCCCAUUGGAACACCACCACAUCCAUCACGCUUUUCUUUGAGGACAAUUGGACAGACGGCGAGGAUGAUGUCACCAAGGUUGGCUAUAUUGGUUUCAAGGGCCAGUUCAUGGCCUUGAACCGUGAACCGGUCAGCUUCUUGUACGAAGCUGCUGCGAACCCCAAUGACCACGUCUCCAUCCCGGGACUCAAUGACAUUGGAAGCCAUGUUAUGCCCGGUCAGUAA